CAGAACAGAACAUGGGACGGGACUAGUCGCGGCACCUGAGUCCACAUUCGGGAUUUAACGGCGGAUUUUCCUGGUCUUACAUUUGGGAUCCACCUGCAGAAGAAUGCGGGGGGCCACCGAUUCCUUUCUGCUGCUGCUGCUGCUGCUGUGGCUCUUGUGCAGAGAUGCGGCCGCACAGAGCAAGGUGUUCGGCGAGAGCGAGCCGGUCCGGAUGGUGUCGGAGGGCUCGGACUGCCGCUGCAAGUGCAUCAUGCGGCCUCUGAGCCGCGACGCGUGCCUGAGGCUGCGCAGCGGCAGCGUGCGGGUGGAGGACUUCUACACGGUGGAGACGGUCAGCUCCGGCUCCGACUGCAAGUGUUCCUGCACGGCGCCGCCCUCCUCCCUCAACCCCUGUGAGAACGAGUGGAAGAUGGAGAAGCUGAAGAAACAAGCGCCCGAGUUGCUGAAGCUCCAGUCCAUGGUGGACCUCCUGGAGGGGACGCUCUUCAGCAUGGACCUGUUGAAGGUGCACUCCUACAUCAACCAAGUGGUGUCUCAGAUGAACACGCUGGAGGAAACCAUCAAGACCAACCUGACCCGGGAGAACGAGUUUGUGCGGGACAGCAUGGCCAGCCUCACCAGCCAGUUCAAGAGAUACGACAACUACUCCAACAUCAUGAUGAGCAUCAAGAAGGAGAUCUCAGGGCUGAGUCUGCAGCUGCUGCAGAAAGACUCUGCAGAGACCAAAGUUCAGCAGGACACCAACGAAGAGAAAAGCAAGUCAGCUGCAGGCAACAAAAAGGGAGCUGCGUCCAGGCCCCCGGCGAAGCCCAAGGAGAAGGUCAUCAAACCCAAGAAGGAUGCGGUGAAGCCUGGCAAACCGCUGAGGCCAGAUCCCAAAGACAAGGCGGCGGGCCACCAGCCUGGCGUGGUGAGGGGCAUCACGUACUACAAGGCUGCCAAGGAGGAGGACGAGCACCGCGGAGACGAACCGGCGAAAACCUACACCGUCCAUCACAUCUCUGACAGCCAGCUGGAAGACGAGGGACGAGAGAUGCUUGUGGAGACGACCACAGCUGAACCAGCAGCAACAACACCUGCUCCCACCACCACCACCACCACCACGAAAGCUGCCACCACCACCACGUCCACCACCACCACCGCUCAAAGUACGGUCAGCCCUCAAAGCCCAGGUGCCGUGGAGGGAGCGGCUCCAACCAUCGUGCUGACGCUGGACAACUCUGACAACAACAGUCGUCCUCAUCUUCACAAAGCAGGGAAGAUUCUCAGCUGUGCAGGGACGCUGGCCUCUAUCGAUCAGCCACAGAAGCAGCACAGUUACGGCCGCAAUGAAGGCGCCUGGAUGAAGGACCCCCUGGCCAAAGACUCCAAGAUCUAUGUGACAAAUUACUACUACGGAAACAAUCUGGUGGAGUUCAGGAACCUGGACAACUUCAAACAAGGUCGUUGGAGCAAUCUCUUCAAACUUCCCUACAACUGGAUUGGCACGGGCCACGUGGUCUACAACGGAGCCUUCUACUACAACCGAGCCUUCACCAAGAACAUCAUCAAGUACGAUUUGAAGAUGCGCUAUGUGGCCGCGUGGACGCUGCUGCAUGACGUGGUGUACGAAGACACCACCCCCUGGAAAUGGAGGGGCCACUCCGACAUCGACUUUGCGGUGGACGAAAGCGGCCUGUGGGUCAUCUACCCCUCGGUGGACUACGACUACAGCCAGCAGGAGUUCAUUGUCAUCAGCCGGCUGGACCCUGGAGACUUGUCCCUGAAGAAGGAAACAACCUGGAGGACGGGCCUGAAGAGGAACUCCUACGGGAACUGCUUCAUCAUCUGUGGCGUCCUGUACGCUGUGAACGUGUACAACCAGAAGGAAGGCGAGGUGCACUACGCCUACGACACCCACACGGACACAGAGGGCGUCCCACGCCUGCCCUUCACCAACGAGUUCUCCUUCACCACUCAGAUUGACUACAACCCAAAGGAGAAGGUCUUGUAUGCCUGGGACAAUGGGCACCAGGUCACGUACCGGGUGAACUUCUUGGACCAAUGAGCAGGGCCCGUGCAAGCUCACGGCCAGUGUGACGCUCGGCAUCCGUCUGCUCCGAGUCGGCUGCGGUGGACUCUUCAGGAGAAAAGCAUCACCAGCUUCUUGUCUGUUCAAACGUCUGACCUCAGAACACCUCACGCCUCUGUCUCAACCCAAGCGUCGCCUUUCGAAACCUCACAGGCUUCAUGAAGGUGGUUUCAUAAACGGCAAUGGUUUAUUUUAUGGACGUACAAUGAUCAUAAAUUAUUCAGGAAAUGUCAGCAGGCUGGCUACGGAGCACAUGGCAGGGAUCAAGGACAGAACUAUAAAGCAUAUUUGUUUUGCCUUUGCCACCAGCUGCAGCCCUGGAACGGGCUGAAAUCUCGGACGCCAAGUGUCUGUGGAGCCUGGAGAGGCUGUUCCAGCAUCAGCAGAUCUGCUUGUGGCGCGUCACCACAGGGAUAAUGACAGGAACGGCCAGCAGAUCAUGGCUCCCCGUCAUUUUUAACUCACGGGAGCGCGACCUUAUACAACACUUGGACGCCCCCACACAGCGAGCUGCACUGUUACAUUCCAACUGCUAUACAUCAAAGUUGUUUCCAGAGACACCAUCACACACCUGGCACAAUUGUGUCAUCGUUUAUAAUCACUUUUUUACACAUUACUUAUUCACUGUGCCAUGUUAAGUCAUGUUAAACACUAGUGCAACUUACCAAAGAGACAGAAGGGAGGCCUUACGUCUGUGUUUGUGUUGGUGUGACGCUCUGAUGUGCUGAGUAGCUUUGUGCCCCAUGUUUGAUAUUAGUGAAGAAGCAUCCACCUCUUCAGUUCAGUUCACCUCAGAUCCUUGCAUCAACUGCCCUCAUGGUGUGUGAGGCUUCAACGAUGGCUUCAGAGUGAGGCUCAUAUCGACUCUCCAGGGUUUUUAAUGGAGGUUUGUGUGGCUUGUGAGCUGAACACAAGGCUAUCAACACUAUAUAACUCAAUUGGCGACCUUUAAAUGCGUUGACAAAACACGACUAAACACUGGGAGUCGUCUGUGUUUGGACGACAUCGCAGCGUCACGUGUCUUGGCUUCGGUUCAACCUGCCCCGGCAUGUUUCGUGAGCAAUACACAAGGGAGCUGCGCGAUGUCUGAAUGGAUGAAUCCAUGUGCAGCUGUUGAACACAAAUGCAUGAGAAGAGUUGUUUCUCAUUUGGGAGGUUAUGGAACAUAUUUAUGAUCCAUCUGAUGUUCUGUCUCGGCAAUUCUCCUCUUCACUCUCACAACUUCACACACAAAUUUGGCCAUUUUAACUCGACCAUUCAGAUCAUUUCUGCCCCCAGUUCUGACAAAGCACUUUGACUUUCAGGCAGAGGUUUGUGUAUUUUGGGGUCAAUAGGGUUUGAGUUGCAUCACCUGGACGCUCAUUUGUUCAUCCUCACUGCAGGGUCUGUAAUGUCCAACUAAAUCUGCACCCCAAUAUUAAGUCACCCCACCAAUUAGGUCUUCAAUUCAGGUCAGAACAUGUUGCUUUUGGGUGGUUUUUCUUUGUAAAUAGCCAAGCCACAAGUGGAAGAAACUGAAUUGUUGUUGAAAGCAACAAACAGGUAUUUGACUUCCUGUAUUUAAAAACACGUCACGGUGCCGACACUUGGUUCACAGUGAACUCACCACUUGUUCCUUCAUUCGUCUUCACAAACUGUUUUUGUAGAUAACAUCUGAAUAACCACUUGAUAUUACGAUGUACAUUUUAAGGUAAAACCAAGCAUGACUGUGUGUAUUCUCUCAGCCAGUAACAUGUACAGUGUAAACUAACUACUCACGUCCUAGUUGCGAAAGUUCCUCUGGCUUCGACCACAUCAUACUCAGUCAUAUGUAUUUUUUUCACAUGGCAGCAUGAAAUGAUGAAAGUGUAACAUGAAUGAAAAAAAGAAUCUUCAGCUUGGAAAUAAAAACACCAUUACUGGCUGGAGCCAAAGUACUUUGUUUUCUUUUGAUGCAUGCGCCCCUGAUGUUCGGGGAGGUGCAGCGACAGCCGUGUGACAUCAGGGCUCCAGGUGCCCUCAUCUCAUCGUGCUGACGCUAACAUGAGGCGACCGGGAGGUGAGUGAUGGUCACCCGGAGCUAAUGGAAUUAACUCGCUCAUUCUGCUCCCUUUGUGUCCCGUCCAGCCUCUUACAAGGUGAUCAGGCCUGGAUCGACCCCCUCGUCUCGUUCCAGGGGCCUCACGAG